CCCACUAAACUUCCUCUAAACAAACUUCUUGUUUACGUUGCAGUUUCUUGGCGAGGAAGAUGGUCGUGGUCGCGGGUUCGAAGCCGUGCGUGUGCGUAGUGCUGUUGCUAAUGCUUUUAAUGGCGGAUGUGGAGAAAUCUGCAGGUUCUACAGCCGUUAUGUGGGGAGACGAAGACGCCAUGGAAAUUUCAUCUUUUUAUUCGAAGAAUAGUUGCGAUGGAUCGAUCGGGGACUGUUUUACUGAUGAAGAAAUGCUCAUGGAUUCGGAAAUUAACAGAAGAAUUUUGGCCGCCACGCAGCACAUAAGCUAUGGAGCUUUGAAAGGAGACAGUGUGCCGUGCAGCAAGAAAGGCACUUCUUAUUAUAACUGCGGGGAGUCUGGGGAGGCAAAUCCUUACAAGCGCCCCUGCACUAUGAUUACUCGCUGUGCAAGGGAUACAGGCUGAGGGUUUCUUCUAUUUCUUCAUUUUCUGUUCGUAAGCUAAUAAAAUCAUGGGGAGAAUUCCUCUUUUUCUUU